UCGUUUCAAAUUCUUCGUGUUCCUAAAAAAACCCAUGGAAAACCAAAUAAAUUGGUUUGAUUAUGGCGACUACAAAAUUCUAGAUGUCCAUGAGAAGUUACACCAACAAGUCCAGCAAUAUUUGCUAAAACAUUUCUAUAAUCAUAGAAUAUUUCAAGUAUUGAAGUUACAGCAGGAAGCAGAUAUAGAAAAAGAGUUCCUAAAGAUUGUCAAACAUAUUCUGGAAAAUGAAAGCAGUAUUUUGGUAAUGGAUUUAAGAAAUAAUGAAAUCAAGGGAGUGGCUCUACUUAUGUGUAUGACACAAAAAUGGCGCUCCUGGAUGGCUUUACAGUUACUAAUAGAAAAUGAACGUUUUAGAGAGUUGUGUGAUCUGAUACGCUGGUGUUUACAGCAACAGACUAUAAGACAUCCUCAAAAUCCGGGAGGUGAUAGUUUGCACUUAUUUUCCUUUCAUGUUUGUGAGGAAUUACAGGAGAAUAAAGAAUUUAUGUGUGGAUUUUUUAAAGCAAUUUGUGAGGUUUGUCGUCAUAUGCAUAUGCCUCGAGUGACCUAUCUUUGUUUGGCACAAAGUGAUCGUGAUUAUUUGAAUUUGGCGGAAUUUAAGGAAAUGGUUAGAAUUAUUUAUUCCAUAUAUACUACGUAUAAAGGACGCAGACCUUUUGAUCGUUUAAGGGAUAUCAAUGAAAUGUAUGGAGGUUUUUAUGAGAAAAAGGUAGAAAUAUUGAUACCCUAUCAGGAUAUGUUGGUGAGACAUGUUGUUAGAGACAAGAAGGAGGUUAAGCAGGUGGCUAAGAAAACAAAGGAAGAGAAUAAAGAGAAAAAAGUUGCUGAUAAAAAGGAUUAAAAAUUAAAGGAAAAGGAACAAAUCUGUUUUUAUAUAUGAAAUUAGUUCCAUUUUAGUCUGAUAUGAUAACAAUAAUGACAAUAACUCCCUUUUUAAUUAAUAGUUUUUAUAUUUUUUUUACCUUAUUUCAAGUCACAUUCAUUAACUCUUUAGCUGAUUUGUUGAAAACCAUUAAGUUAUUUUAAAACAAUUGCUAACAAAGGCUUUUAUAUACAAGUUUUAUUUUGUUAAAAUUUUUAAACGUUUUUUCAUUCACAAACCGUCAGCAGUUAAAAGUCCAAAACAUAAUAAUGGUUGUCAAUAAAAAAAAUAUGUGGAUUUUUUGAUGAUUUGUUUUAAUCUCCGAUAUGAGAUUAUUAAGGCCUCUAAAAGUUGUCUAAGGUCAAGCAUAACAUGUCUUUUUUUAAAAACAAAAUAAAUUUAAUAAAAUUAAGAAAAAAACUUGUUCUGUGUGAAACAAAUAAAUAAACAAAAAUAAGAGUAAUAAAAAAAGAAGAUCACUGAAUCUAAAAGACAAAUCUCUUAAAUUGUUUAGAGUCCAAAAUUUAAUUCUAGAAUUGUAUUACAAAAUUAUCUGAAAUAAAAAAAAUAUGGAUUUAAAAAUGCAGUUUUAAGAAAUUAAAUAAAUUUAAGAAAAUUGAGAAACAAAAGAUCAAUUCUCUUGGAAAAUCACCAUCACAAAGAGCAUUACAGAGCUGAAGAGAGUAAUAUAAAAAGCAAAAUUUCUCUUAAGUUAGAGAAGUUGAUAAACCCAUUAUUUAAUUAUAUUACAACAUGUUUUCAAAAAUUGAAUAAAAUUCUAUAGAAAAUGCUGUCUGAAGAA